CGCAAUUUCAAAUCCUAUCAAUAAACCAAGAAAAGUUGAGUUAACACAAAGUAUUUAGCUUUAUCUAAGGCUCUAUUAACACUGGCUGCUAUUUUCGAAGAUAACUUAAAAUGCACUUCUUUGACCUUCAUUGAUAAAAAGAAACUGGUGGUCUUUUAAACAUAGUGACCUGUUUAAGGUUAGCCAGUUAAGACGACGAGUUAUUUUUUAUCUGUAUUAUAUUAGUAGUUUAUUCGAAAUUUUGAUAAGUUACUUCCUUAGUUCUGCCUGGCAUUAAUCCGGGUCGCAUUACAUUAGACAUUCAUACUGCCGUUUUUGUCACUCAACAAUUAAAUGAUGAACCAGAUUCGGAAUACUGUAUUUGACUUAAAAACUCAUUCUACAGUAGCAGUUAUCGGCCAUCACAUUAAGAUAGAUUAUUUGAUGCUAGCCGUUUCCGACAAGAUAUAAUAAUGUAUAGAUAUACGUACGUAUUUUGGCUAGUAUUAUACCGAUACAGUAAGUAAACUGUCCCCUUAAAAUCUCAGUAGGCCGUUUAAGCCGUCAUUGGCCUUUAAACCUUUCAAAGUACUCAAGUAAAUCUCGCUAUGUCACAACUAUUUCUAAAGUCAUCUCAUAAAUGAUCUGCUCUUGAUAACUUCAAACAAUUUAUGUACCUACAUGAAUUCAGAGCUAAUAGAUGCUUACCCGCUGAAACAACCAUGCUGCGAAAAUAAAGCUUAUAACUGGUGCCAACAGAAAAAAACAUAACUUAAGCGAUUUAGAAGCCGCUACUAGCUUUGCGAAAACCUCAAAAUAUUAUGAAGGAAGCAGUGUUUGCUUGUUAUUUCUAACUUUGAAAUGAUGUUUUUAGAAAAAUGAAGGAGCAAAAUUAACAGUGUUAUUGGUGAUGCAUAUAAAUGCACAAAAAUAUUUUCUGUGACUGGAUGGGCGUUAUUCAGAAGUAACGCUUAUUAUCUAAAGUAAAUCCAUUUACAUUUUGCCGAUACGACUUUCUACUUUUCGAUAUUCACACACAAAGUCAUUGUAUUCGAAGUGAAAGUAGUUCUAAAUUAUAGCUUUGUGAGUAGAAUCUGAGCAGACUGGUGAACUUUAUUAAUAAUAAAUCUUUAACCAAGAUUGGUUUGACUGUAAAUUUAAUUUGCGUUAAAAUCCGUACAACAAGCCAAGCAUAAAGAUUCAUUUUGCAACUGAAAUAUUAAAAUUUUACUUGAUCAAACGAAUUGCUAUGUUUUACAACAAACCGCACCCUGCUGUCGGACUUCUGAUGUAUUUGUGAUAUAUCAACUAACUUGGGUAAGGUUUUGUUUUCAGUUUUAAAUUUGCUCUUGAUUGACUUGAAGUACAGUGUUUAAAUAAGAUGAACGAUCCUGUAUCUAAUGUUUCUCGUCACAGAACUUUAGUAUCCACAGCAAACCACACUAACAAACGUAGCCUCAUCAUUUUCUAUUAUUACUAUAGUCUUAUAAGAAUUAUUAGUCAGUUCAUAAAACCAUUAGACCGUUUCCACCCACCUAUCAGAUACACUUGCAUAGUCAAUUCAUAUGAUGUAAGUCUGGUUUCACUAACCAGUUAAUUCAAGUUUAUUACAGUGGUAAACAUACCUCUAUGCAAACUGGUGGCUGUUUUGGCUAAAUAACCUGGUUAAUAGUAUUCUAACACUGUGAAAAUUGAGCUUUAGGCAUGAAUUUUACUGUAAGUAAAUGGAUUUUUAUGAAUAAGCAUAUAUUCGAUCAAGCAUUUUCGUUUGGAAGAAGGGCAAUUCCUCUACCUAGCAGGUAAAAGUCAUAAAAAUGCCACAGGUAUUCAGGGUUCGAUAACGCUUUUGUCUGUAGCACCUUCAUAAUCGAAGGAUACCAAAUCAGUCAAAUCAAAAGUUAGAAAUGAAUGAGUGAGAAGAUAGUUCCGGAAGAUUGUCGAUGUGUUGAGAAUCGUUUGGUUUGAGCUGGCUAGUAGCCGCAAGGGAUGCGAAGCACGGUGUACCCACUCGUAAUCUGGUGCGGCUGCGUCACCGAUUACUCCCCAGCUAGAGUGAUUUUAGUAAGACUAAUGCGGUCAGUAUCGAUGUCGAAGACUGACAGAACUAUGUACCCUAAAUAUUUAUAUACUGUCACCGCCAUUAGGUGAAAGAUGCAUAACUUUAGACCAAAUUCACAACUAUGUUAGACUACCUUAUCUAACUGUAAAAUAAUUUGAAACCGAUACGUUUAAAAGACAAUAAGAAUUAGUACACCUCUAAUAAAGAAACUAGUUUUUUGUUCUUCAAAAAGUAGCUAUUUUCUUUCAUCUAGCGGUAAAAAUAAAUUUUCACUAGUUCUUUACUCCGUCGUGAAAUUAUCAAACCUCAGUAUAUCGAUUUAAUCAUUUGAUCAUUCUUUACAAAGCUGUCUGUACAUUAAGAAAGCAAAUAGUUUAUAGGAUUCUUUUAGCCUAAUUUACAUUUGAAAGGUAAGUCUAUAAUCAUUAUAAAGAUAUUUGCCUCUGAGAUUACCAAGCUUUGACAUUUUAGGCAAUAAUUUAUGAUUUAAAUCCAACAAAAUAUAAUUAACUCAAUCAAGGAAGGAUAAAUUACUCAAAAAUGUCCUCGCCACUGUUUCUGGGUUUAAAAACGAGGUCACUAGGCACGUAGAUGAAAAUAUUGCUGAUGUACAUUUUGUAAAGUCCCUGUAUUAAAGCUGUACUACUUGACCAGAUGUCACUUAAAAGUUAUCAGUACUUAAUCAAACCCAAAUGUAAUUUGAGUAAUACAUAGUUUUUUUAGAAGAGUUUCUUAUUGAGCUAAUUAAUGAUAACUUGAAUGCAUUACCAGGACUCAUGAGAUCCAGAACGAAUUGUUUGAAUCAUCCAAAUGUGGUGUUAAGGCUCCCGAUACACACUUUUGGAUGUCUUCUUGAAAAUUAUUAAACUUCCAAGAUAAUAUUUGCUUAUGUGCUACGUCAUGUCAUUUUUACCACCCAUAAUCGGGCUAAAACACCACACCGGAGUUGGUUACUUUUUUGUGGAGUAUUUGCCUUAAUUAUUUCGAUUUUGUAUUAUUUCUAAUCUGAUAAAUCUCUUGGUGGUAAAAAGGAGUGCAUAUAUAGGUGACUCAUGGUGUAACACUUAUCUUUUCUGUCACUAAAAAUAUAUACAAGACUGAAUUACAUGCAAGUCUGGCUUACAUACAAGUGAGAUUUACUGAUAUUGGUUUGACAAAAUCCCACUAUAUAGAAAAGCUAGUGAGUGAAACACUUUCAAAAUAUCUGUCGAAUCAUUCUAAUCGGUGUUAAAUAUGAGGCUACCAUCAAAUCUUUUGCAGAGCAAAUAUAUCCGGUCUAGUCAAAAAGAAUGAGGUCAUAAUUAGCACUCAAGGAAAAAGUAGCAGCUACAGUUAACCUUCAACAGUGGAUUUUAAUGUAUAUUAAAAGUUACAAGGGCUCAAGUUUCAUGCAAGUAGGUAACCAGAAUAACGGUCAAAGAUUUCAAGAUAAUAAAUGUAGACAUCAUUUUUAGACAAUCAUUUUAACCACAUUUCUCUACACACCCAGACCGAUUCAUAUUAACCGAUGUAAAAAUGUUAUGAUCCAAAUGGAUCUCUACUUAAUGAAACUUCAUGAAUUACCCUUUUUGUGUUAUCUUUGUAUUUAUAACGGCUAAGUAGCUUCUGGUGGCCAAACUUCACUGUCUUGACUAAUUGCUGACUCAGUACCGUAGCGCAAUUUUUCAAGUGUUGAACAGCUUUAGAUAGUUGACAGAGUGUAAAAGAUUUUGUUCCUGUUGAUUUCUUUAGUGUGGUUCUGCUGUUUAUUGAAGGGUUAUCAGAUAUGCUCACUAGUUUUGUUUGAUACCACCAAUAGGUCAUUAUGUAAGCCAUUGGAUUCUAGAAACAAACCAUUUACUGAAUAAUAUAUCAUACCAGACUUCAGUUAAGAAUGAGGUCAUUACUGUCGGUCAAAUUAUAAUAAUAACACGCAUAUCACGUGCUAAUACUCGGCUAAUUAACUGUGGCUCCUCUAAGUCUAGACAUAUUUAACAUAAUAUUAAUACGAUCAGAAUGAUAGCAUCAGUAAAGCCAAAGUUGAAGGGUAAAAAAUUUUCCAUCCCCAGCUGAUUCUUGGAACUUAAACUAUCCAAGUUUGGAAUAGUUUUGUGUGAUCUCAUGGUCAAACGAAACGAAAGAAUUUGAGAAAGGUUUGUUAAUUUACCAAAUCAAUCAAGUUAAAGGUGCUUAUGGAAAGUAGAAAACCCUGACCUCACAUCAAAUCGAGUUGACUACAUGAAUGUAAGCACGUUUUUGUCUUGUAGUUAGUUUAUUCAACUAAUGAAAGAAUAAAAGGCAAAGCCAUUUUGUUUUUAGUAUUUUUUUCCGUGGUUCUCUUCAAAAAUUUCAAUAGUUAUUACAAAAAUAUUUUUAAUAAUGCAACGAAUAAUGUAAACAACUGUAGUUAUUCUGUAGUACAGACGAAUUUUCGUUGUUUUUGUGGAUAAAAGCGAUAUUUAUACCUGGUUAUUUCCAUUUUGUUUUUAGAAAGUUUGUGCGUUAACCGUAUGUUAAACUCAGAAAACCGGUCUAAAGAUGUACCUGAAAAAUUUCAUUUGGUCACGUGUCAUCACUUUAUCUAAUAAACAUAUGCAUACAUCUACAGAGAAAAUAGACAGAUUGUGUGUAGAUCUAUCUACCCAUACAUAUCAUAUUUCACAAUAGCACAAAACAUGAUAAUACCAUUUUUCUAUUGAGUGGAGGAAUAAAUAGAAAAAGCAGAUUUCGAUUUUAUUUAUUGGAUGGAAAAAAACUAAGUAUACGUAAAUAUAAACAAAUAUAUUGAGGAGAUAUUUGUCACAGAAAGAGCUGGUGGAAAUAUUUGUACAUAUAUGCACACAUACUUGUAAACAUUUAUCACAUACACAUAUAAAUAUUAUUUGGAGCAUGGAAAUUUGUAAAGGUAAACCAGGUUUUUUAAUCCCGAAUCUCACAUCUGCAACUGCGAUGGCUGCAGCCUCUGGAGAUGGGAAUGGUUCCAGUAGUGAUGGUGAUUCAGUCCAAAUGACAAUCUCUAAUAACAAUCAUCAUCAUAACAAUAACAACAACAACAACGGUAAUCAUUCAAGCGGGGGAAAUUCUUUAAUUAAUUUGAGUAAAACUGUAUCUAAACAUAAUAUGGAUUCAGAUUUAGGAUCUGUUAAAAUGUAUAUAAACAAAUCAUUAUCUGAUAAUGCUUCUGCUAAAUCGCCACUUUCGUUACAUUUGGAGAAUUCUGGGAUAACACAUGAACAUUUGAUAACUGAAUCAAAUAAUGCACUACAACAACAUCUUCAUUCUCAUCAUCAUCUUAAUACACAAUUAAAAAGAAGCCCUCCACCGCUUAAUCCUGUCCUUACUCUUCCCUCUGUCACAACUACCAUUUCAAAUGGAUCAUUCUAUUGUAAUUCGAUAAAUACCAGUUCUAAUCAUCAAAUAAGAUCAGGUAAACGUCCAGCGCCUACAACGCCGAAGCGAUUAUCAACAAAUUCUACAGAUUUUCAUUUUGACGAUGACUGUGUCAGUAAUUCCGGUUCUGAUAUGGAUGCUCAUGAGAAUUCGAGUUCCACAGAUGUUGAAGGUGUUUGGUCGAUGGAUAUAGAACAAUGUUUUCAGGAAGCUCUAGCAAUAUAUCCACCAUGUGGACGUAGGAAAAUUAUACUAUCGGAAGAGGGAAAAAUGUAUGGACGAAAUGAAUUAAUUGCUAGAUACAUAUAUCAACACACUGGAAAGAUUCGAAGCAGAAAACAAGUUUCAAGUCACAUUCAAGUAUUGGCUCGUCGAAAAUCUAAAGAACUUCAAGCUCAGAUUAAGGAUCCUGAUACGAAACAACGAGCUAUUAUGCAUCUAUCAAUGCUCAGUUCCGCACAAAUUGUAUCUGCAGGAGUGCUUGGUUCCAAAACCUUACCGUCUAUCUCAACAUCUAGUGGAUUACCAGUGACAUCAUCUGGAAUUCAUCCAUCAACAGAUGAUGAGAAGAUCAAUGAAAUUAAAUUGUCAAAUUCACAUCCUUUGAAUAUGACAAAUAAUCGAAGUGAUAUGCAUAGUUUAAUUGUUGAAGAUAUUGUCACUGAUAGAAGUCCUCAUAUUAAUGAUCUUAUACAUUCUAAUAAUAGAGAAUUAAAGAAUAAAAGUAAUGGUUUAUAUCUUGAAAAUCUACAUAAAUACCCCUCUUCAACAGCUAUCAAUAAUAAUGUUCAAAACAAUUUUACAGUUAGUAAUAAAAAUUUAGUUAAAGGUAAAUCUCAAGAAAACUGUUCAUAUUCUACAGUAAUACAAGAUGAUAAAACGACCCAAUAUAAUCAUAUCAAUUUAAAUCCCUCUAGUCAAGCUACACUAGCACAUCUUCUUCCUAUAAAUUCAUCUUUACCACCGUAUUCAUUUGAUAUAAGACAACAAGGAAAUAUGGUGAAUAAUGAUAGUUCACAGUUAUCUUAUCCAUAUGAGGCAUUUUUAGCCUUGAGAUCUCAACAACAGUCAAAUUUAUUCAGUCAAAAUUCGGAUACAUUAGAUUUGCAUAACAAACUUCUUGGACCUGUCGAUAGUAAACAGCAACACGAAAUCGAUUCAAAACAACUAAAUUUUCCCUUGGCGUUAGAUAACCUUAUGACAAUCACUUCAAAUAAUCAUCGAAAUCAGUCGUCUUCUCCAUCAACUUCAUCUUUAGUAAAUAAUGGUAAUCGUUUACAAUCCACAUUACCAAUAAAUAAUUCCUCUGUUAUAUUACCAAAUUUACAACCUGACGGACUAGUUCUUGUCAAAACAUCAGUUGGUCAGUUAUUAUACUGUCCAUCUAAUCACUAUAACAAUAAUAAUGAUAAUAAUAACGCGAUUCCUCAAAAAAUACAUAAUAGUACUACCACUAUCAACAAUAAUAUUGAUUCGUCCAUAUCCUCCUCAAAUUGCUCGUCAAUCUCUUCAUUAUCCUCAGUACCGAGUUUUACAUCAACUCUUUCAGUGCCUAAUUCACUAGGCUCUUCAAUGACGUCAACCACACCAUCAGCAACAGCAUCCGUAGCAAUGGCAGCUGCACAUGUUGCUUCAGUUGCAACCUAUGAACAACAAUGUACAUCAAUAACAUCUGUUUUAUGGCCAACAAAUUCUUUACUGUCAUCAUCACCAUCAUCAUCUCAUCAUGCAUCUGUACUGUCAGCUAAAUCAAAUAUAAAUACAUUUCCUUCGACAGUUGUACCUAAACAGAAUCCAGUUUUAAUAGAACAAUUAAAUGUUAAUCAUGCUCACCGUAAUAACAAUAACAAUUAUAGUAAUUUAAUUGCAAAUGCAUUAGCAACUACUAAUAAACAACUAAGUGAUGAUGGAACAAUGAAUUUCUUACGAGAAAUUUCUUAUUCUUCAAUGAAUCCUUCAAGGGAUAGCGAUGAUUCUAUUUCAGAUUCCCCGAAAUAUUCUAGAAAAAUGAUUGUAGAGAGUGCAGAAAAAAAUAUAUCACUGUCAAAUGUAAAUAUUUCUACUAUGGUUACUAAUACAACACCAGAGGAUUUAAAAAAUAUCGACAUACCCAAAUGGAUGGGACGAUCAGUUACAGCACCUAAAAUGAGAUUGGUUGAAUUAAGUGCCUACAUGAUAAGUUCAACGUCGAAAUCCCAGUCCAAUGGAACUCAUACACAUGAUUUUCAUCUAACUACAACCCCAAAAUCGACGACGGUUGUACACAAUUUUGUUCACAUUGGACCCAUUUUAAACGAGCAAUUAUACACUGACCUAAAUUUGGAGCAAGUGGAUGCAAGUCAAAUCUGGGAUAAAUUUCCUGAAGACAGCCUAAAAGAACUUAUGGAACAUGGACCUAUGAAUACAUUUUUUUUGGUUAAAUUCUGGGCUGAUGUUAAUGUGAUGGUUGAACCAGAUGCCACAUUCGCUGUGUCAGCUAUUUUCGAGGGUACGGAAGACGUUCCAAUUAACUUAUCAACUAAAGUUUGCUCAUUUGGCAAAGAAGUAUUAGAAAAAAUAGAGGAUGAACAACCUAGACCCGAAAAUGGACGUUUUGUAUAUCGGUUUUUGCGUAGUCCUAUGUGUGAUUAUAUGAAGAAAUUUAUUGGGAAGCUAUUACAAUUGCCACAGCGAGAAUUAAUGAAUUCCGUUUUGGAGAACUUCACAAUCUUGCACGUACCGAUAUUCACAAUGUUUUAAAUCUUUGAAGUAUUUCAAUUAUGCUACUUUUAUGUUAUCCUGAUGAAAGAGGACAAUUUAUUUCUAAAAAUAACUAUUCCAGACUGAUGUUCCUUAUUCGCCAAAACUUAUUUUGCCUGAGGAAAUACAUCUAAUUUUUUGGAGGGGGGGAUUUCAGACACAUUAAUGGCGAACGUAAUAGUAAAACUAAACUAUUUCCAGAUGAUGUGGUAAGCUGAAUUCUAUGUUUGAAAGUGACUUAAUUCUUUGCGGUAAGAAAAAAAAUUCAUCGUAAAUCUGUGUAGAAUUCAGUCAACGUUAAAGUCUAAACAACAAGACAAUGUUUUCAGCAGAACAAAAACCAAAUGAGAUUUUAUCCGAAUGAAAAAUGCCAUUAUCAAUUUAUCUGAAGAUUAUCAUCUCAAUAAACAAGCGUAAUGAAAGUGGUAAUUAUUUUUACAACUGCAUUAGUUAAUAUAAAUAAUCGUGAUAUUAUUAGUAUAGCGUAUUAUAAG